AUGUCGCCUCCUGUCUUCCCGGACACCCGUUGUGCUCGCCCUAGCGCGAGCAGCGACAGCACCGGCAGCGUCACCCUCCACGAUGCCCAUGUCCAGACUGGGGAUACAUCUUCUAUUCGACGCUGGUUCAACAGCAUGCGCAAAGUUGUCUUCCCCAAGGGCGUACAAAAACAGCUGGACACCUCAAGCGGAAAGGACUCUCAGACUCUUCAGACCCUCCCUUGCCCUGUGUCCUCUAAUGAGUGUGUCGCAAACAUCGAACCUGGUAUCACAGUCGAACCCGCUACCGUCUCGAGGCAUGUUGCCCGUGAUCGACAAACUUCUUCUGUUCCUGCUUCCACUUCCGCCUUCGCUCCCGCCUCCGUUUCCGUCCCCACCAAGUUUGGUUGGUGCAUGUCAGCCUACGAACAAGCAAUGGCCGCGCCGACACCCUCUUCGGAGAGUACUGACCCUAAAGACCACGAAAUGACGUCAGCUGAGCCAGCAAAAGGCAAACGCAAUCGCCGACCUCGCCAACCGACCAUGAUCACUCCCGCCGUGUUGGACAAGAUCGCCAAGGACAACAAGAAGCACCAGGGAGCCACGGCCGCCCGGGAGAAAGAGGUCAGGGAUAGCAGUAUGGGAGUUUCUUCGUCGACUCCACGUGCGAGAGGAGUUCAGGCAAGUCCCAUGAGGUGGUCACAAGACUAG